AUGACCCGCGUGUGUGGUACCAAGGGUCACUCCGUCAUCAAUGGCAAUUCUACAUCGAACCGUGUCGAGAUUCGUGACUCAUACGGUGUGCGCACAGCCACUACCGCCGACGCGUUCAUUCUCUACGAUAAGUCGUUCAUCAACGACCUUGCUGAGUUCGCUAGUGCCGUCCUCGACAACCAGCCCCUUACUUGCACUCCAGAUGAUGCCUAUGAGGCGGCAAAGAUUGCCACCGCAUUGCAGUACUCGUUCCGCAACGGUGUGCCAGUCUACUUUGACGAUAAUGGCCUGCCUAUCAUGGAGGCUGCCAAGGUCAACGGUCACUGA